GCUUCGUACACCGUACAGAAAUUGAAAAAAGAAUUGAUGUUGCGCGGCGCUGUAACUACGGGAAGAAAAACAGAUCUCAUAGAAAGGUUGGAAGCAUACGAACGAAAUUUUAACUUUAGCGGUCGCGUAAUAGAGCUGCCAGCGGAAAGGAAGGUAGACUGGCCCACUACUGGGUAUAAACAAAUAACAUCAGAGCAUUAUGACUUAAUGCCACAUAUAUCAGAAGCCCAUAUCGAAGGAUAUUUUCAAUACAGACAAGCAGUUGACAGGCAAAUGAUGGGCAAUACAAAGGCGAUUGUGAAAGGAAAAUUGCUCUUGGAGUCAGAGAGAGUUGAAGCACUGAGUAUUAACUGUCAACAUGAGGACUUUUUUCUUACAGGAUUUGUCAGAGCAGCAAGGAAGAAAAAGGCUCCCCCAUAAAAGCAGAAGACAUGCCUUGUCGGUUAACCCAGAUCUUAGUGACCCAAAACCUCAGAAAUACAGAGGAAUUGCUGGAUACAACGAUUAUGUGAGCAACAUUGUAACCAAUUACUGUGCUUUAACGUCAGCAGAUUUAUCUUUCAAGUACAUGAAGCCCAAGGCAUUUAUCAACUUUGCAGUACUGGACCAUGAUUACUUGGACCUGCCAUUCACUGAAUAUUGGAUAGAUGCAGCUCAGAAUGUUUCAGAUAGGGACAUUGCCCGCAUCGAACACAGAACUAGGAAACAGAAUCUGUCGAAAGUUUGGCACCAAGAGAGAGAAUGGCGUUUGACAGCUUCCAGGUUUGGGGAUAUUUGCAAAGCUACUGAUCGACGUAACAGACUGAAGCUGUGUUCUAGCAUCUUUAAACCUCUUAAACUGAAAACACCAGCUGUCUUACAUGGCCAACAGUAUGAAGCUGUAGCAAGACAAACAUUUCAAAAAAAAAGUGGUUUCAAAGUAAAGACUUGUGGUCUUUUCAUAGACUCGGAGAACAAUUAUUUGGCUGCUUCGCCCGAUGGCAUUAUUGGAGAAAAUGCUAUUGUUGAAAUUAAAUGUCCAUAUAAGGGUAGAGAUCGUAAGACUGCUGCAGACAAGUUUUUCCCAUUCUUGCUAGAGGAUGAUGAUGGUGUAUUGCAUUUAAAACAGAAUCAUAAUUAUUAUAUGGAGUUGCAAGGGCAGCUUAAUGUUUUCUUUUUAGAAUAG